AGGCAGUUCGACAGGGCUUGCUUCAAAUUUGGACCAACGGCGGCGUCUUUCUGCAGCUUUAUGACUAUCCUACGGAGGUGGCAGUUUUCAUUCUACGGCUGGCCAUCACCGAUCGGGCCAACGAACUCGUGGGUCGCAAAGCUGGGAAACGCACAAUCCACGUGCUCACAAGACAGCCAGAGAUGCCACGCAACCUCCCUGGCCAGGGCUUGCUGGAAUCGACUGUGAUGGCUGUGUUGGCAGAAUUUGGCAUCAAGGGCCGAGUGGAACCAUCAGAUUUCGGGCGCAUCCGCAUCCGUGGUGAAGAGUUGGAACGCUUUGGCUGCGAGCUGCAGGGUGUUCCCAUGAAGAAGAAGGUACGUGCGCGGUGAGGAAAAAGAUGUGCAGAUGUG